GGUGUGACCAGUGUUUAAUUUCUCAAACAUUAAAUUGACGUCCCAUCAGGACCAUUUGUUUCAAGUGAACUUUGUCAGUGUGAUAUCGUGUUUUGUUCACUGUUUAAUUUCGAUUUUUUUGUUUUUACGAAUUUUGAUCAUUUUUCUCUUCAAUUGGUUUAUUGAAAUAGUUCAGAAGAUGAGAGUGUUAGUUCCACGGGGACAACGUGCUCCAAUCAAAAGCUCGAUGUUGGUGGAAUUUCACCACUCGAAGAUGGAUUCUAACGAUGCUGAAGGAAUUCGCGAGCAAAAUCCUAUUGCUGAAUUUUCGGAUCAAAUAGAAAAGAUGCAGCGACAAAAUGACCAAUUCAACGGCACUGUCGGAUCCGUCGACCUUUUCGCAAAUCUCGAUAAAGAGGAGAAUGACUUGCUACGAAAAUUCGUUAACGAGAUGGACGUGACACGUCCCGUAUGUGACAUUUUAGGCUAUACCGAUCCAUUAUUAGGCGAUCCGAAAAAUGCCUCGCUGGACGCUGGGCUUUUUCAAGUUCCUAAUACCGUUCGACAGCCGGAAAUGGAUUUUAACAGAAUGACUAGUGAUUACUCCAGGGGAAACUCUGAACAAAGCCCUUGGAGUGGUUACGAAAGGGGUUUCGGUACAAAAAAAAAUGUGUUGGGACCGAGUAGGGAGCUGCAAUUAUUGAACAAUCAAGCCGAGCAACAACGGCUGAUGAUUUUAGAUUUACAGAAGCAGUUGCAUAAGUUUACUGUGAUUCAACAGCAACAGUAUCGACAGAAAUUGCUCGAAAAAGAGAAGCGGGAAAUGCAGAUGGAAGCACAGAUAGCGCAAGAUGUAGCAGCCAAAGAAGCAGAACGCAUCCGAAUGCAGUCAGAAAAUGUCGAAACUGAAAUUGUUUCAACGGAUAAUCUACCGCCACUUUGUGUCUUGAAUCGACCAAACUCCCUUGACAGACUCGAGAGCAUGCAGGCACGUUCGCGACAGUGUCAUCAGAAACGCACGAUUACGCGGUCGAAUGACAAAGUUGUGGUCGAUACCGAGCAGACUCGUCAAUCGAAAAAAUUGUCGCGAACUCCAGGUCAGACUGAUCGAGUAGAUAGAUCCGAAGGUUCAUUACGGAAGAAGAAGCAGGUACGUGCAAAUAUACGCGUGAAAAGGGGUAAUGUAGCUGCUGAAAAGGAUCCCAUCGUUCGUGGAAAAUCGACAACGUACGCAUGUCCAGAGUGUGACAGAGAAUUUAAUUUCAAAUGUCAUCUGAUCGAACAUUUAAGGAUCCACAGUGGUGAGAAGCCAUUUAAGUGUGGGGAAUGUGGCAGUUCUUUCAGUCAAAAAAUCAGUUUAACUGUUCACAAGAGAAUUCACACAGGUGAGAAGCCAUUUAAGUGUGGGGAGUGUGGCAGUUCUUUCUGUCUCAAAGGUAAUUUGACUGUUCACCAGAGAAUUCAUACAGGUGCGAAGCCGUUCGAAUGUCGAAUUUGCAACGUAGCUUUCUGUCAAAAAUCCAAUUUAUCUCACCAUUUAUUGAUACACACGAAUGAAAGGCCAUUCAGUUGUGACAUCUGCAAACAAUCAUUUCGGCGGAAGGAAGCUUUAUCGGAUCACAUGAACAUUCACAGUGGUAAUCGGCCGCAUAAAUGCAACGUGUGCCAAAAAACGUUUCGGCAAAGACAAGGUUUAUCCAAGCAUCGAAAAGUCCACGCCGCGCCGAGGAAGAAGAGUAGCCGACCGAUACACAAUUUCUGAAAGAAGUCCAAAAUUUCAGAUUUAUUCAGCGAGAAUAUCGAAACGGGGUUUCAAACGAAGAAGCCGGCUUUUUGAAGAUUUUUCUUUCGUCUUGAAUUUUUUUAAACUUUGUUUUGUGUUUGUUUUUAAUGUUUAACUUGAAGUACCUAUUCGCAGACUGUGCCUAGCAGGUACAUUUGCUUUGUUAAGAACAAAAUUUCUGAAUAAAAAAGUGUUUUUACUACGUAA